AUGAAUGAAGACAAGUCAUGGAUUACCUGGUUUCUUACAAAGCAUCCUAUAGGGAAGUAUUUCAUACGGGUUGAAAUGGAGUAUAUAAAAGAUCAGUUCAAUUUGUUUGGUUUCCCUAAAAAAGUUCCGAAUUAUAAAAAAGUUUUAGAAUAUAUUAAAGGAGAUUACAUACCUCCUGAAAAUCGCAUACGCUACGAUCUUGAUGAAAAUAUAGAUGAUUUAGGCAUUAGAUUAUACGGAUUAAUACAUUCACGAUUCAUAAUGGAAAAAGCGGGUUUAGAAAAGCUAAAAAAGAAAUACGAAAACAAUGAUUACGAUAGAUGUCCGAAUGUGAACUGUAAUAGACAAUGUUUGCCAAUAGGAUUAUCAGAAUCACUCGGAGAAGGGUGUUUGUAUAUGUACUGUCCUUUUUGUGGCGAUGUUUAUCAUGCAGAAAAUCAAAUAUGCUCUCAAAUUGAUGGUUCGGCGUUCGGAUCUUCUUAUAUAAUGAAAUUUUUAAAGCAAUAUCCUGAAGUUCAGCAAUCAUAUGAGCCAGAUAGACUUCCACCGAAACCACAAUUACGAUUAUUCGGAUUUAAGAUAGAAGAUCCAAAACCAUCAGAUCCAAAAUGGAAUAAAUAA